AACAAAAAUUUGCUAUUACUGCAUAUUAAUCUUUAUUUUUUUUUUAGUACUCCGUCUUUUGUAUUUAUAUAUUUGUAAAUUGUUAUAGCGUGUGCGUGUGCGCCUCUGUGUGUGUGUAUGUGUGCACACGAAAGACGCAGAUAGUUUUAUAUACAUUUUUGUUUGUUAGGUUUGUGUUGCAAGUGCAAGAGAAAAAGGAAAAGGAAAACAACAACAACAGCAACAACAACAACAACAACAAAAACAAACUGCAUAUUAAUGAGGUGGCGACGCAAGCAACAACCGACGACAACCACAACAACAACACGAUUUGUUGAUUAGAAAAGUGCGAGUGUGUGUGUGUGUGUGUGUGGUUGGUUGUUUGUGUGGCCGCGAAAGGAAAGAAAUGGACGACAGCAGCAGCGGACGCACUUCGCUGGCGGAUAGCAGCAGCCUGGCAGCGUCGUCGCUGCGCAGCGGCGGCAGCUCAAGUCAGAACAUUGCCAACGAUGGCUACAUACACGUCUACAACUUUCUGAAGGACGACUACGAUCGCUUUGCGCCCACACUGCUCGCCGAGGAGAUUUCCUGCAUGAUGUGCCGCCAAAUGGAGAUAUUGCCAGCGGCGCAAUUGUUGUUCGGCAUUCGCGAGCACAACAGCAGCGGGAGCAGCAGCAGUAGCUCUAGCAAUAACAACAACUCGCACAGCAGCAGCAGCAGCAGCAACAACAACAGCGCCAACUGCAACAAAUGGCAAUUGGCUGGCGAACAUUUGAGCUGCAACGUUCGCUAUUGCUUUCGCAUGCGAUUCCGGGUGCCUGAAUUGGAUCGCCAACUGUCCGAAAUCGAUGCCAAUUGCCAUACGUAUCUGUAUCAUCAGAUGCGCUACGACAUGUUGCACGAACAGAUCCAGGAAAUACGCUAUCCCGAUCACAAGGACAAGGUCAUGGGCCUGGCGGUGAUGGAUAUGCUAAUCGAUAAGGAGGAACGCCAACUGGCGGCCCAGGCGGUAGAGAAGGCCUACAAAACGUAUUUGCCCCGCAGUCUGUGGCGGGCACAUCGCAUCUUUGUGCGCGCCAAAAUCCGCAGCACAUUCCGCCAGCUGAGCGUUAAUCAGCCGGCGGUCGAUAGUCUGAAGUGGCAUUAUGUGCAUCAGAUUUGCCAUUUGGCGCCCACAUAUUUGACGGAACAGUUUAAGGCCACCGUUGAGUAUUUCCCCAACGAAUCGACCACAGAGCCGCCAAGCCUGAGCAGCGGCAUUGGGAGCAGCAGCCACAGUAUCAGUCACUCGACUCGGACGUCGACCACAACGCUGGUGACAGGCUCGAAUACAACGCUGUCGACGACAGUCACCGCACAUCAUCCACGCAAUGAUAGCAGCAGCAAUGGCAAUGGGUCGCAAUCAGCAGCAUCACAGCAUCAUCAACAUCAUCGGCAUCAGAAUCAUCAACAUGCACAGCGUCGCGUGUUGCAGCAACAGAUGCCCAACACAAUACCCGUCUAUGUGCGUCUCUGGUUCCAUGAUUCAGCCGAGCCCGGUCUAAAAGUGGCACGCGUCACCUCAGAGGCCACGCUCAAAUGGAGUCUCGUCGCUGUGGUCGAGGACAUCUUCUCGCUGUACAAGGAGAGCGAGCAGCUGGUGCGCAUGGAAAUUGUCGGCUUUCCCAAGGGUUAUCACAUGCGCUUCGAGACCGAACACGAAAUGAAAUCGUUCAUCUCCUAUCUGGGCAUUUAUAUUAGAUUAACCGUGAAGUGGAUGCAGGACUUGUGCCCGUCGUACAAGACGCCCUCGCUGGAGGAGCUCGAUAGACUGUGCUGUCAUGGCCCCAUCGGUGGCGGCUAUUCGUUUAUGAAGCUGCACGAGAAUGGCGACAAAUGUGGCAGCUACAUUGUGCGGCAAUGUGAUCGCGAAUACAACACCUACUACAUCGACAUCAACACACGCAUCGUGGCUCGCAACAGCGAUCAUGAGCGCUGCCAGACGGAAACGUUCAAGAUUGUGCGCAAGGAGAAGCACUGGAAGCUGGCCUACAAUGGCGAUGAGCACACAUUCGAUCAGCUGCCGGAGCUGGCGCAAUUUAUACGCACCGAUAGCAACGAUCGCAUACGCAUACCGCCAUCGAAGUAUGACAAGCCGCCGCUGUUGCUGCUCUGUUUGCCAAAAAAUCUGAAAACCAAAAAGACUGAAAUGGAAUUAAGCGAAGGCGAACUGCAGCGUCGCAAUGCCCAGAUAUUUAAUCCCAAAACCGAUUUGCAAUGGUAUCGAGACUCGAUCAAUCACAGCGAUGAUGACAAAGUGUUUACCAUGCGAGGCGAUUGGAUACAACAGGGUUCGUUCAAGGAUGUUCCCGUCACCAUGAAGAUGCUGAAGUACGAUGCCAAUUUCCAAGAGUUCACACAGCUCGCGCACACCUGGAGCUUAAUCCAGUCGCCGCAGUUCAUCAAGCUCUAUGGCCUGACGUUAUCGGUGCCCUAUACCAUGGUCAUGGAGUACUCCAAGUAUGGGCCACUCAACAAAUUCCUGUUGGCGCAUCGCGAUCUGAGCAUGUAUUGUCUGCUGGACGUGAUGCAUGGCUUGGUGCGUGGCAUGCACUAUCUGGAGGAUAAUAAGAUCAUCCAUAGCUACAUACGCUGUGCGAAUCUGUACGUUACCAAAUACGAGCCCGAGAAGUAUGUGCUCGAUGCCAAAAUCAGUGAUCCCGGCUACCCGCGUCCCUACAAGCAAUCAGACUCUGCGUGGAUACCCAUCAAGUACUACAACCACUUGGAGGCCGCCAAACAGGACUCGAGCACACAGCUGUGGGCAUUUGCGACGACCAUCUAUGAGAUCUUCUCGCGUGGACAAUGCGCACCGGAUCGAAUGAAGCAACGCGAUCUCAUACGCAAUCGUUCGAUCGAUGGCGGCAUAUUGAAGCCGCUGCAUCAGCGUCUGUGCCCCACCGAGAUGUACAACACGAUCAUGGAUGGCUGGAGCGAUGAUCCCGAGAAGCGUUUCAGUCACCACGACAUCUUUACGCGCCUCAAUGCGAUCAAGACGCGACUGCAGCGCAACUACGAUGUGCCUGAAACCGAAACCGAAGCCGAAUCACUGGAGUUCGCUGAGGAUGGCGACUAUCAGGGCGAAUUUAUGGUCAUGAAUAAUGGACAUGGCCAGAUGGCAAAUGGUCGCCAUGAAUCUGAAUGCGAAAUGGACGAGGCAACCGCUCGCAAUCUAUUCAGCGGUCCAGGUGAAUUCUUUUCACACUCUCACGAUCUGCCGCUGGUCAUGCAACUGUCCGACUGCAAGGUGAUUUAUCGCGAGAAGCACAAGAUUGGCCAAGGACACUAUGGCACCGUUUAUCGCGGCGAACUCGAAUAUCAUGACAAGGAACGUCCCACCGAACAGGUGGCCAUCAAGAAACUCAAAACGGUGCAGGUGACCAACGAUUUUAUACGCGAAAUUGAUAUCAUGAGGAAACUGGAUCAUCCCAAUGUCGUGAAGUUCAAGUAUUGGGCAGAGAAAUCGCUAAGUAUUAUCAUGGAGUACUUUGAGUAUGGUUCGUUUAUUGUGUAUCUCAGUUCGCGCAAGCCAAGCCUAACGAAUGCCCGUCUCUUGGCCUUUGCCUUGGACAUUGCACAGGGCAUGAACUAUUUGUCCGGCAAGGGGCUAAUACAUCGUGAUCUGGCGGCGCGCAACAUUCUAGUCGAUCGUUCGUGUGUGAAAAUCUCAGAUUUUGGUCUGGCGCAAUUCGCCAAUGCUGAUGGCUAUUAUUAUGGCAUCAGUCAGCGCGAUAUACCCAUCAAAUGGUACUCGCCGGAGGCCAUUGAGACCUGCAAAUUCUCAUCGUAUUCAGAUGUUUGGAGCUAUGGCGUAACGCUCUUUGAAAUGUUCUCGCGUGGCGAAAUACCGAAUCUAUUGCCUGGCCAGGAACUUACACAGGAAGAUUUCCUCAAUCGACUGCGACGUGGCGAGCGGUUACCCAAGCCAGAGCUUUGCACAGACUUUGUGUACAAUGAGUUGAUGCGUCCCUGCUGGCAUGAGACGCCCAAAUCGCGUCCCUCAUUCUAUCAAAUCAUCCAGAUCAUUCAAAGUGAAAUCGGCGAUAAUGUUGGCAAUCUCGAGCAGCAGCAGCAGCAACCACAGCCACAGCAACAGCAACAGCAACUGCAGCAGCAUCACAGAAGCGGAUUGGAGGAUGAAUGAUUGAAUGAAGGACUGCCGGCAACACUUAACAACGAAUUAUAAUCAUGAAGGAAGAAAAAGAGAGAAAAAAACACAAAUGGACUGGGGAGAAAAUUGUCUCUUUGUUUUUUUUUUUUUUUGGCUUAAUUAUCAGCGUUCACCUUGGCCUAGCCGUGUGUCGUGAACACGCAAACUACAAUUUGUUGAUGUUUUUCAUUUAUUUCGUGUAGUAUUUUAAGUUGUUAUACUUUCACACACACACACACACAAACGCCCAUUGUACUUCCCUCCUCUCCACACCCUGCUUGAAUCACCCACCCACAUAAUUGAGGCGUUUUAAAAACGCCGGACGCACGUGCUUUAACAGCAACAAAGUUUGUUUAAAUUUAAGCUAAAUAUACUUAUACACUACUACAACUAUUCUCACACUAUAUAUACAUAAAUGAAUGUGCUUUCCCCCAACCCCCUCCCCCACGCACACACUCUCUCUUCCCCUCAAAACAAAAAAAAAAACACAGACAACAAGCACAUGCACUACGCCUAUCUCUUUUUUCUAAUCCUUCAUUUUACUUUUAUGUUUAAAGCAUUUAAACAAUUCUCAUUUUAGUUUGUUAUAACUUUUUAGACAACAUUGUUAAAUAUUGCUUAGCUUGAUGUAAUUUUAAAAUGUACAAAAAACACAUAAAAACGAAAACAAAACGAAAAAGAAUUAACGAAAAUUAUUUGAAAAAACCAAAAACAAAACAAAAACAAAAAAACUGCACAAACGCUUUUGCAAGCGUAACAAAAACCCUAACGCAAUCAGGCGAAUAAAAUAAUCAAAUAUAUAUAUAUAAUAUAUAUAUAUAUUGGUAUAUUAUCUAAUACUAAUUUACUCAAGAAAUCUACUAUGUGCACAUAUAGAUUAUAUAUUCUAUAUAAUAAUAUAUAUAUAUAUCCUUUGUAAAAACUCUAAUUGACUACGGAUCACACACACAGAGAAGUCAAUUAUACUUUAUGCAUAUAUAUGUAUAUACUAUAUAUAUAUAUAUAUGUGAACACAUAUGCCAUUUAAAAAUAAAUAAAAACA